UUCUACGAAUUACCAACCACCUCCCCCCGCACCAGCAAGGGCUCUACCCAGUCGAGCCCGGCGGGAUAUAGGUCGUCGUCCGAGUCCGGGGCGGCGAGAGUGACCGCUGCGACAGGCCGAACGCGUACCGCGUCCCGCAGUGCCGCAACGCCGCGACGGGCUGCGUCGAGAUCCGCACGUUGCUCGUCGAGCGCCGACGGCGCCGCGACCUUUGCGCGGAGGCGCUCGACGGCGGCCCUUUCGCGCGCGACGCGUUCCUCGAGGUCCCGGACUUGGGACGGCCGACGCGCAGGUGGCGUCGCAGUAGCGGACAGGCGGCGCGCCGACGCGCGGCGCCUCGCGGCCGACUUGUGCACACAACCACGCCUCCGCGCCGCGGCUUCCUCCGCGGCGGCCCGCCGCGCCAGUUUGGCGGACUCCCGCGACUCGCGGCGCGCUGAACGCGACGCGUCUCGCGGCGACGUCGGCGCGGGCUUCGCUGAGAAAGAAGCGCGCGGCGCCGCGGGCACGGAGCUUCGGCGCCCGCCCAUCGCGGUCGGCGACGGCGGCGCCGGCUUGGCGCGGAACAUUGCGGUGCCGCUUUGGCGGCGCGGUGUCGUCGGGCUCCUGGGCGGCGACCGCAAUGUGCUGCUUUGGCGG